GUUGGCCAUGAGCCAUAAUGAUGCUGCUUUCUACAGUCAAGAAGGGACGGGACGAUGCGAGAAAAACAUGCUCUUCUAUACGUACAAAUAGGAUUGGUAUUGGCUGCCAGCCAGAUCAGCCAUCUACCGAAAAGUUAACCCUAUAGCCUUGUUUUUCUGGCAGUGAUUGAAGGGCUAUUUUGCUCGAUACUACGCCUCCGAUGUCAACCUCUGAUCCGUCGAUCCUGCAUUCCGAGAGACUGUUUCCAAACAAGGAAGCUAUCUCGGAUUGCAUCGUUGCCUUGUCUUUACUGGAUGCCACCACGGUAGACUUCUUGGAUGCAAGCGCUGUUUGGCUCUUUGAGUGUGAGCAGCAAAACCGCGGCAAUCUGGUGAACCACCUCCGUCAAUCUCUCAGGAUCACGCUGGAUGCUUAUCCUCAAUGGUGUGGCUUGAUUAAGGCUGUUGACUCGGUGGAUGGCCUUGCAGUUGCUGAUCGAGAUCGGCUGGCGCCUCAUGCCCGCCGUUUUGGCCGGGUGUAUGUCCAUUAUGGCACGCGGGCUGACCCAGGCGCUGAAUUCGUCACUGCACGUGCGACUGAUACUCUCGAUGGUCUCUGUCCUUCCUCUCGUACGACAUCUCAGCCUCUCUGGAAUCAGGAAAAGGUGGCUUUAUCGAAGUUUGUCCCAAAGACUUGCUUGGCGAACCCGCUCAAGCAACCUAUUGUCAACAAUGCAGAUAUUACCCCUCCGGUCAUGGCCAUUCAAGUCACGGAAUUGGCCUGUGGAGGGUUCGCCCUAGCAGUCAAAAUAGCUCAUCCUUUAGCGGAUGCGCAGUCACUGUUUCACUUCGUCAAAGACUGGGCAAGUGUUAGCCGUUCUGCGUUACUGUGCGAGCCUAUACCAGUAUUGAAACCUUUGUUUGAGCCGGCGCGACUCGACGACGCAGCAGCAGGGGAUAUCAAUGCUGCUACGCCGGACGAGUCGAUCAUCGAACAGACAAAAAGCCUACCGUUUCAUCGCUACGACUGGUGGAACGUGCCCCCUGACUCUCCUCUGAAGACACGCAUCCCUGAAGCUUUCCGGAACCAGGACAUUCCCCCAGCGGGGAAACAAAUACCAUGGUCAGAUUGGGACACGAAAGCGCCGGUGUCUCAUUACAUCGUGCACCUGAGUCGCGAGCAGGUCGAGAAGAUCUGGACACAAGCCAACAACGUAUCCGCCACAACCACAAAGACUAAUCGACUGAGUCGACACGAUGCCAUUCUGGCACAUAUAUGGUCAAGCAUCAACCGAGCUCGGAAGAUGCAACACGACCCCGGGCCGGUCCACUGCGACCUGGCGUACGGGUGCCGACCGGCGUUUCAUCUGAGCGAUGCCUUUAUGGGGUCGCUUUCCGUGAUGGUUAAUGUGGAGAUGGCUGGGGCGGAACUGACGACGACUGCAAACUCGGACGGCAAGGAAACUGCCGUACUUCCGCCCAUCGCGCACCGCAUCCGCCAAACUCUUCUUCAGCUGAAGAAUCACCCGGCCCGCUUGGCUGCCCACCUCCACCGUCUGGCAUACGAAACGUCUCCGCAGCGCAUUUGGCAGGGAUUUCUGGGUUCUCGGCACGUUAUGGUGACGACGUGGGCGUGCGCAGGGCUGUAUGAUGUGGAUUUUGGGUUGGGUCCACUUUCUUCUUCCUCGGCUCGCUACGCGGAUGGUAUCCUCGCCAAUCUCGAUGGCCUCGUCUUGAUCAAAGAGGCACCACCGUCGCCGUCGCCAUCCGAUCGGGAGUCGGAGGUCAGGCACUGCCGCGUUCCGUCGGCUUGGACGGAGCAUGGUGUGGAUGUGCAGAUUCAUCUCCGGAGUGAAGAUAUGCUCCGGUUGUUAAGAGAUCCGUUGCUAUUGCCGGACACUAUGUAG